AUGUCUUUAGCAAGCAUUUCCUUGUUUCUCCUCUUCUUUACUGCUGCUGUUUCAGCAAAUGAGAAGCCCUCAGCCUAUGAAGAGCUCCAGCACUAUGACUUCCCAAUUGGCAUUCUUCCUAAAGGGGUGAUAGGCUAUGAGUUGAACCCAAAAACCGGCGAAUUCUCGGCGUAUCUCAAUGGCUCAUGUAAUUUCAUGUUGAGUUCAUAUGAGCUAUAUUACAAGCCUGUGAUAAGAGGAGUUAUAUCCAAAGGCAGGCUCAGGAAAUUGAGUGGUGUUAGUGUUAAGGUUGUAUUGCUAUGGCUUAACAUUGUGGAGGUUAGGAGGAGAGGUGACAAUCUCCAAUUCUCAGUUGGGAUUACUUCUGCAAAUUUUCCUAUUAGGAGCUUUGUGGAAUGCCCUCGUUGUGAAUGUGGGCAAAAGCUCCUCGUGUCUUCCUCGUAG